GGAUUUGCAGUACCAGUGUGGCGGGGCCGGCAGCUAUUAGUGUUGAUCGGUAAGGUGUGAGAAAGAGUGUUACAAUGGCUAAAGCAACGAUGAUGAGCAGUCGGUUUGUGUGUGCUUUCCUAUUACUGGUUCCGGUGUGGUGCGCAGUCGGUCAAAACCUUCGGAGUCUGAACGCUAGUGACUGGUGGGAACAGUCCGGGUUCUAUCAAAUCUAUCCGCGAUCGUUUAAAGACAGUGAUGGCGAUGGCAUUGGAGAUUUGAAUGGAAUCACUCAGAAGUUACCGUACUUAAAAUCUCUGGGAAUAAAAGCUUUCUGGCUGUCACCGAUCUACAAAAGUCCGAUGGCCGAUUUUGGCUAUGAUAUUUCCGAUUUUCGGGAUAUCCAGCCGGAGUACGGGACGAUGGCAAAUUUCGAAAAUUUGGUGAAGGAAGCGAACAAGUUGGGACUGAAAGUCAUCCUGGAUUUCGUGCCCAAUCAUUCUAGUGACGAGCACGAGUGGUUCGUGAAGAGUGAGAACCGCGAGGCAGGCUACGAAGAUUAUUAUGUGUGGCAUGAUGGCAAACCGGGUAAUAAUGUGGAUCAGUAUGAUCCACCGAAUAAUUGGGUACAAUCAUUUCGUGGUAGUGCAUGGGAAUGGAGCCCUAAGCGCAGGCAGUACUAUCUCCAUCAAUUUCACCGUAAGCAACCGGAUCUCAACUACCGAAAUCCGAAGGUAGUUGAAGAAAUGAAGGAUGUGUUGCGCUUUUGGUUGGGUAAGGGCGUUGAUGGUUUCCGCAUUGAUGCCGUCAAUUGGUUGUUCGAAAACUCUGACUUUCCGGAUGAACCCAUUUCUGGAAACUCUCAAGAUCCGCUAAUGCCGGAAUAUCUGAACCAUAUAUAUACUCAGAAUUUACCGGAAACGGUUGAUAUGGUGUACCAAUGGCGUGCGGUUAUGGAUGAAUACCAGAAGCAGAAGGGUGGAGAAACUCGAGUUCUGAUGACGGAAUCAUGGGCUGAUCUUCCGACAAUUAAAACAUAUUUCCAAGACGAGAAUGGCCGUCAAGGUUCACAGAUGCCAUUCAACUUUCAGUUGAUUCUUCGAUUGGAUGAAAAUAAUUAUAAACCUUCCGAUUUCAAAACGGUCAUUGAUUCAUGGCUCGAUACCGUUCCCACAGGACAUACACCGAACUGGGUGCUAGGAAACCACGACAAAAGACGCGUUGCAUCGCGCAUGGGUGGAGAACAUAUGAUAGACAUAAUGGAAAUAGUUCAGCUCUCCAUGCCCGGAGUUUCUGUGACUUAUCAGGGCGAAGAGAUCGGUAUGAUGGAUUUCGAUCUGUCAUGGGAGGAUACGGUCGAUCCGGCUGCCUGUCAGACAUCUAAGGAAGUGUACAAUAAGUACACCAGAGAUCCAGCUCGCACUCCAUUCCAGUGGGAUAAUACGACUAACGCAGGUUUCACAAACCACUCCAAACCAUGGCUACCGGUUUCACCAGCAUACGUAACGGUAAAUGUACAAGCUGAGGAGCAAGCCAGCUGGAGUCACUUGAAGGUAUUCAAAGCCUUGAUGGAGUUGCGCGAGAGGAGUGAUUUCCAAAAUUGCCACUACCAGACGGCAAUCCUUGGGACUAGCACUUUUGCGAUACUGCGAAUAGGGCCGAGCGUGGAAGAAUCGGAGGUUUGGGUAACGGUGGUCAAUCUUGCAAACUCAACUUCCACGGUGAACAUUGCGCCAUUGUUCACACAGUACAAAACGCGCUCACAGGAUAAGCUUAAGGUGGAGGUGCGAAGUGGGUCAUCCAAACGAUCCAAUGGAGAUACGGUUUCCGCCAACAGUGUCGUCUUGCAACCAUACGAGGGUUUGGUGCUGAGGAAUGCUGCCGCGCAGAUUCUGGGUAAACUGUCCCUUAUGUUCACCGCAGUGAUAUGGCUCGUUUUAAAUGCUAGGCUAUAAGUUGUGAGUAGUAAAAUAAAUAGAGGAUGCGAGAAGAGACAGAAAAGUGCUCUUUAUUGUUG